GAAAAUACAUAGCACAAGUGGAUAUACAAAUUGUGGGUAUUUUACAGAAAUUUACAAUUGUCAUUUCUAGAGAAAAGAAAUGGCCGGUAAAAUGGAAGUGGACGGUCCUGGUGGGGGUGUGAUGGCAUCCACAUCUUGUCCAGGCAGUGUGUCUGUUUCACUUCAUCCCCUGGUCAUUAUGAACAUAUCUGAGCACUGGACGCGAGUGAGGGCUCAGGAAGGCAAACCAACCCAAGUUUUGGGAGCAGUGAUUGGUAAACAGAAAGGCAGAAAAAUUGAGGUGAUGAACUCCUUUGAACUGCUGUUUGAUCUCAUUGAAGGGGAGAUAAUUGUCAACAUGGAGUACUAUAAUACAAAGGAAGAACAGUUUAAACAGGUGUUUAGUGACCUGGAUUUCCUGGGAUGGUACUCUACAGGGGACACGCCCACUUCUUCUGACAUAAAAAUCCACAAACAGAUCUGUCAAAUUAACGAGAGUCCAAUUUUUGUGAGAUUGAAUCCUUUGGCCAGACAAUCUGAUCUCCCUGUUACAAUUUUUGAGUCGGUGAUUGACCUGGUCAACAACGAGGCCACCAUGUUGUUUGUGGAGUUACAGUACACGCUGGCUACAGAGGAAGCCGAGAGGAUAGGAGUGGAUCACGUGGCACGUAUGUCCACCUCGGACGCAGGAGAGGGCUCCUCAGUUGCUGAGCACUUGAUAGCACAGCACAGUUCAAUCAAAAUGUUACACAGUCGGGUGAAGUUAAUUCUUGAGUACAUUAAGGCUGUGCAGUCUGGUGAGGUCCCCAAGAACCAUGACAUUCUGCGCGAGGCGUACAGUCUCUGUUACAGAUUACCUGUCCUCAACACACCGAAGUUCAAAGAGGAUUUCUAUAAUCAAUGUAAUGAUGUCUGUCUGAUGGCGUACCUGGGGACAAUAACCAAGGGAUGUAACACAAUCAAUCAGUUUGUGAACAAGUUCAACGUGAUGUAUGACAGACAGGGAAUGGGACGGAGAAUGAGGGGGCUGUUUUUCUGAGGACUGGAUACCAGUUUUUACGCUGAGGAACCAGUUUAAUUAAGGGCUUCUGAUUGGUGAAUUUUGUAACUCAUAAAGAGGCUGUGUACAAUAUACAUUGUAUGUGAAGUGCUAUGGAGAGAAAGAGAGAGAGAAAGUGUGAGUGGGUGUGGCAUGUGCCAGUGAGACUUUUAUUAAAUAUAUUAACAUUACAUGUUAUUUAAUGUUUUUAUUAAGUGAUAGAUGAAUUUAGCAUUGAUAUAAAUUAUAUACACCUGUCA